CUUUCGAAGAGCAGAUCCGUAUUACACUACAGUAAAGCAGUUUAAAAAUGUACAAAAUGAAGAUCAAGACUUUGGUAAUCCUUGCCAUAAUCGCGUCAAUGUACGUAACUUCUGAAGCUCAGUUACAAAAAUACUGCGGUAGACGCCUCGCCAUGGCUAUGGCUCUGGUGUGUGACGAAUCGUCUAUGCUGGAGAAGAGGUCCUUGGAUUACAUGAAUUCAGCAAGCGACUCAGAAGAUUACAUGAAUUUAGCAAACGACUCAGAAAUUUACGAAGACCAAGUAGAAAAGCGGUGCCCCCACGAGGAUGACAUGGAUGAGUACGCAUUUUCGGUCGCUGAAUAUGACUAUGAAUGGCCGUUGAUCACACCACGUGAAGCAAAACGCAUGGGAAGGGGUAAGAGGCAGAUAGUCAGCGAAUGCUGCGACAAACCAUGCUCUGUUGAUGAACUGAAAACCUACUGUUGAUUCCGAUUUCGGAAAAACUUAAAAUUGUAUCUUA